AACGUCGUGUCAGGUUUCUCCGGGCUCGUGCUAAAUUUAACCCUGUGAUCCUUCAGCAGUCGGAGGGUUUAAAUGCCACCCUGCAGUUGCUGCUCCACAACAGUUGUUCUCCACACGUCCUCCUCAGGCCAGGAGUGGGCGAGGCUCAUUCACACCCUCCCUCCAACACACUCGGACCUAACAACCCAACAGAACACACACGGCUGAGCCCCGAGGAAUCCAACCGGAGUAUUCCUCCCCUAAACCUGAUCGUCCACCAGCAUGGAGCUUUUCGAGACCAACCCCUAUUUCUUCCCCGACCAGCGCUUCUACGAGGGGGGGGACAGCUUCUACCAGUCCCGCCUGCCGGGCGGGUACGACCAGGAGGGGUACCAGGAGCGCGGGGGCUCCAUGGCGGGACUGUGUGGGGGUCUGUCCGGGGGUGUCGGGGUGGGGGUGAACGGAGGUAUGGAAGACAAGGCGUCCCCAUCCAGUCUGUCCCCCGACUCGGAGCCCCACUGCCCCGGACAGUGUCUCCCCUGGGCCUGCAAGCUGUGUAAACGCAAGACGGUCACCAUGGACCGGCGGAAAGCGGCCACCAUGCGGGAGAAGAGGAGGCUGAAGAAAGUGAACGAGGCGUUUGAGGCCCUGAAGAGGAGCACCCUGAUGAAUCCCAACCAGAGGCUUCCCAAGGUGGAGAUCCUGAGGAGCGCCAUUCAGUACAUCGAGAGGCUGCAGGCACUUGUCUCCUCCCUCAACCAGCAGGAGAACGACCAGCAGGGAGCACAGGGCCUGCACUACCGCUCCGGACCUACCCUACCUAGAGUGUCGUCGUCGAGCGAGCAGGGAUCAGGCAGCACCUGUUGUAGCAGCCCAGAGUGGAGCAACACCUCAGACCACUGCACCCAGAGCUACAGCAACGAGGACUCUCCACAGCAGACUAACCUGCGCUCUCUGACCUCCAUCGUGGACAGCAUCUCAGCAGCAGAGGGCGCUCCGGGAGCCUACCCUGUACCCGUGGACAUUACCAAAUGA